AGUUUUGGUCAAACACGUCUGAAGCGUCACAGACACUGAGAGAAUCAUCAUAUAAUCGCCACAGGUACCAAAAGGUAAGACACAAUCUGCAGAUCAAUCAUGCCGAAGACAUCAAUGGAGAUCCUUACUACAAAGAUGAGUGAUGAGAUGCAGCGUGAGGUUCUUCAGGUCGCUCUUCUGGCUGUGAAUAUGUACACAAAGGAUAAUGACAUUGCUACCAACAUCAAGAAGGAGUUUGAGAGAAAGCAUGGAGGCACCUGGCACUGCAUUAUAGGGAGCUCUGGUUACAACGUGAAACUGAAAUGUUAUAUCAACGUCUCUGUUGGCGACAAAGACAUUUUGCUCUUCAGAACUGACUGAGGUUCAGCAACAGUUCAAACACAAUUUAUUUUAUCCAUAUAAUUAAUAAAACGUCCUCCUUCA